CGAUAACAGCAAACGGUCACAUUAAUCGUUUCAAGCGCGUCGUCAAAAAAAAGUGUCAAUGUAGAAGACAAAAAAAUUAUAGUGCAAAAACGAGAAAAUUAUGCAGACUUUGCUUAAAUCAUUUUGCCAAUUACACGAUUGAAACAGUUUAUAGACGAAAUGUUUGGUUGAUUUUGAAAAUUUUCACUUGCCCUCAGUUUUUCCCAUAUACUUUUCUUGUGUAUGUGCAUUUGUGUGCGUGUGUGUGUGUGUGUUUGCAAGUUUGUGUAUGUGAAAAAAGCCGCACACUGCAAAAAAAGACAAACUUCAAGAGAGAAAAUUAAAUCUUUCAUUUUCUUUUUUGCAUAUAGAACGGAACGGGAAACGUAAACGCAUAGUUAAAAGUCAGCCGCCUGUCUUCCCCCCGUUCGCUUAGUUAAGUUUCCAUAACUUUUUUUUUUCGCCCAACCGGUAAAUAAUAACCGCUAAAAUUGUGGAAAAACAGGAGAAAACUCCCAAGCGGAAGAAGAAGACUGCAGCCAGUAAAAUGUCUGCAGUUUAUUCACCGCAACCACCGCAGCAGCAGCAACCGCCACCCCCGAAUCAGCAGCAGCUAUCGGGAGGAGGACCUCCAACCAAUUCUGUAGUCCAACAACAGCCGGUUGGAGGUUUGCCACCUGGCGUCUUACCCAUGAGCAUGCAACAGCAACAACAACAACAGCAGCAGCAACAACAACAAAGAGGUGUUCCUGGCGGCCUUGGUGGACCACCGAUGGGCAUUGGUGGUCCCCCUGGAGGUGUUAUCUCUGGCAUGGGCACAGGACCUGGCGGCCUGCCCUCCAUGAUGGGUCAACCACCGCCAAAUGCCCAACGUGUCGGUGGUGGGGGCGGUGGCGGCGGAGGUGGUGGUGGUCCCGGCGGCGGCGGCGGUGUUGGCAAUUUACCACCACAAGUCAAUUCGGCACAGAUACAAAAGAUGCUUGACGAAAACUGCGGCCUCAUCCAGACCAUACAGGACUUUCAGAAUAUGGGUAAAGCGCAGGAGUGCCUAAGCUAUCAUGUUGCACUCCAUCGGAAUCUUGUCUAUUUGGCCCAAUUGGCCGAUCCCGCCAUGAAUAUCUCUCAGAUAUUGCCGCCGCCACACAUUCUCCAAACGCAGGCCAUGCAGCAAGGUGGCCAACAGACACCGCCAACUGGACCGCAUGGCAUGAUGGGUGGCCCUCCGCCGCCACAACAACAACAGCAGCAGCAGCAACAACAGCAGCAGCCGCAGCAACAGCAGCAACCUGGUCCUGGUCCACCGCAACAGCAGCAGCAGCAAGGACAACAACAGCAACAAGGUGGACCGCCGCCACCACAAAUGCAUGGAGGCGAUAGUGGGCCACCAGUACAAAUGCCACCCUAUGGCCAGCAGCAACAACAACAACAGCCGCCACAGCAUCCUGGAAUGCCGCCCAAUGCCCAACAGCAAUCUCAACAACAGCAGCAGCAACAACAACAGCAAGCGGCCGCAGCAGCAGCGGCGGCAGCAGCAGCUGCAGCAGCAGCAGCUGGACAACAGCCACCACAAGUUAACCAAACAGUUGUCCCAGGUCAGCAGGCCCAGCAGCAACAGCAACAACAACAACAGCAUCCAUCAGCAGCAUAUCGAUCCAAUGCACAGGGAGGACAACCUGGUCAGGGAGGACCACAGGGACCUCAGGGAUCUGUGAAUCCAAGUGCAGCGCCUAAUCAACAGCGACCGAACAAUGGACCUCUUCCGCCAGGACAAAAUCAACAGCAGCAGCCCCCGCAGCAGCAGCAACAACAACCCCAGCAACAACAGCCACCCAAUCAACAACAGCAACAACAACAACAACCCCAGCAACAGGGUGGACCCCAACAACAACAGCAGCAACAGGGCGUGCCUGGGGGCGUACCACCACCGCAGGCUCAAUAUCGUGUUAGUUAUCAGCAGGCCCAACAACAUGGCCAUUACCCCGGCUAUCCACCUCAAGCGCAACCGCAGUAUCAGCCACAGGGUGCCUAUCCGUAUGGUCCACCCACCCAGGGCUAUGGGCCACCACCACCGCCCAAUUCUGGUCAGCCCAGUGGCUAUCAUCAUGGCGGACCAGGUGGUCCUGGCUAUCAGCCAAACACAGCGGCCGGCCAACAAGGUCCGCCGCCACCGGGAUCGUAUCCACCGCCACCGGGCAGCCAACAAGGUCCUCCAGGAGUGCCAGGACAGCAGCCGCCGCCACCGCCGCCUGGCCAAAUGUAUGGACCACCGCCGCCAACAGCUGGAGGCCAGCCAGGAGUGGGAGUGGGAGUGGGUGUUGGUGUCGGAGUGACCGGACCACCAGGGCCACCACAGAGUGUAAAUCAAUACGGUCCACCGCCACAGAAUCCAGCUGGCGGUCCACCACCACCACCAAUGGGCUAUGCCGGAUAUCCGCCCAAUCCCAAUCAAUAUGGCCAAACGGCAGGAAAUGCAGGCGGUGGUGCCGGAGGUCCGCCGGGUAACUAUGGACCACCACCGGGACCACCCACAAGCAAUGCUCAAUCGCCGUACCAGGCAUAUCAGCAGCAGCAACAGCAACAACAACAGCAGCAACAACAACAACAACAAGCCGCCGGAGCUGGCGGAGCACCACCACCCAAUUCUGUUGGCUAUCCUGGCGUACCGCCCACGAGUGUGGCAGGAGGACCACCACCGCCGGGUAGCUAUAACACCACAGCGGCGCCCAGUCAGACGCCCCCACCACAGCAGCAGCAGCAGCAACCCGGUGGAGCUGGCAAUCCGAAUGGACCGAAUGCUCAGCAAUCCACACCGCCACCGCCCACUCAAGGCGGUGUCGCAAAUCCAUCUGGCAGUGCUGCGGUAGGCGGCGGUGCUGCUGGUGGCACCGGUGGACCACCGACCAAUCAGCAACAGCAGCAGACGCAAUAUGCACCGCCACCACCGCAGCAGCAGCAGCCUGGACCCGGUGGACAAGUUGUUGUUUCCGGAGUGUCGCCAUUGCCCACGCAGGUUCAAUCAACAUAUUCAACGGCUGCGGGUGUUGCUGGCUACGGUCCGCCACCGACCCAGCAACAACAACAACAACAGCAACAACAACCCGGUGGAGGUCCUCCUCCCGGACAGCAGCAACAACAACCUCCGCCACCCGGCGGACCAGCCAAUCCCCAAGCCAAUGCUCAACAACAACAACAGCAGCAACCGCCUCCGAAUGGGGCCACGCCUCCGAUGCCACCCAAUCAAUAUCAGCCACAAGCACCACCCGGCAGCGGUGGUCCUGGUCAACCAUAUGGUGGUCCUCCACCACCGCCACAGGGCUAUGGCCCGCCACCAGGCAGCGCCUAUCCAGGCCAUGCGUAUCAUCAGCCACCACAGGCUGGCUAUCCCCAAUACCCGCCCACGCAAGGCUAUCAGGCUUAUCGCCCGGCCGGAGCACAAAUGCCGCCACCGGGAGCACCCCAAGGACCGCCGCCAACUGGUGCCUACGGUUACUACGGCAAUCAACCGCCGCAAUAGAAACGAGCUGCCAAUUGAAGCAAGGAUUUAACAAAGAGAGCAAACCAGAGUUAGAGCCCCGAAUAUUGGGCAUUUCACUGGGCAUACAACGAGAAAGAGACAACCAGAGAAAGAGAGAGAGCGAGAGAUGAAGAUUACUAUGUAAAAUGAGAUAGAGACGAGAUGACCAAGUCAUCAUCAUGAUCAUCAUCAUUAUUAACUUUGAACAAACAAAAACUUUUUCCAAAAUAUUUCCCAACAUCUCUUUGCCACUUCUCUCUCUCUCUCUCUCUCACUUUCUUUUAUGCAUAGUCUCGUCGUCCCGUCGUAUAUGUUUAUCCGAUCGAUUUCUAUAUAACGCAGAACCGGAAAGUUAAUGAAAUGAGGGACAAACACUUUCUAAUAGUAAUUCCUUCUAAAACAAAAAAUUGAAAACGAUUUAACAAACGAUCAGAAAUAUAAUUAUAAUCGUGAAUUAGCAUUUAGUAAUUGUAAUUGUAAUUGAUUCGAAAGUAAUGCAAAAUGCUUCUCUAUAUGUAAUUAUGAUAAUUAAUUUUAAAUAGCUCAACUAGCUGCGCUAUUAACUAACUAAUUAAUAACUUACUUAACUUACAAAAUAUAAUUGUUCAAUGUAGCCGCCUCCCCGCCCCCACUUUUUGGCUCCUCUCUUUUCAUUUCACAUCCUUUUACAAUUUUAUUUUGAAUCAAUUCAAUUA